AUGCUAUCUAAUUCAUCAGUUGAUAUUAUUCUGCAUGACACGUAUUACGUUGUUGGGCAUUUCCAUUAUGUAUUAUCAAUAGGAGCUGUAUUUUCAAUUAUUGCAAGAUUCAUUCACUGAUUUCCAAUAUUUUCAGGGGUUAUAAUGAACCAGAAAUGGUUAAAAUUUCAAUUCUUCUUUAUGUUUAUAGGUGUAAAUUUAACAUUCUUUCCUCAACACUUCUUGGGUCUUAUAGGAAUACCUCGUCGAUACUCAGACUACCCUGA